GCAAGAUACGUCCGAAAUCGCGAUUCGAUUAGUCCUGGAAAUGAAGAGCCUGCAGGGGCGGCACUCCCAAGGGCGGAGGAAGGGCGCACGUCGAUCUCCGACAUGCCGGUUCCGGCCUGUGAAAAAUUUAGCUCUCCAUGCCCAGGAACGGCGGCUGCAUACUUGAGAGCUACUAUUGCGUGCUUUGCGAUGCUGCGGCGCAAUCAUGGCUCUCCUUCGCGACGCUGAGAACGAUAUUCCGGAGCCCGGGGAAGACACGCCGUUGCUGCUGAAGGCGCCCGAAGAGGACAAUUGGAGGGCGCCGCGGGGCUUCUUCUGGAUCGAGUCUGCCAUCUUUGCGAACGUCUUCCUCUAUGGCUUUGACGGCACCAUCACAGCAGCGACAUACGCCGUCAUAAGCUCAGAGUUCGACGCCGCGAACACGGCGUCAUGGCUGACAACGUCGUAUCUGGUCACAAGCACCGCCUUCCAGCCACUGUACGGUCGCUUCAGUGACAUCUUCGGAAGGCGGGUCUGCUUCUUCGUCUCGACCAUCACUUUCGCGGCCGGCUGCUUGGGAUGCGGGCUCGCGACAAACAUGGCCUUCGCAAAUUGGAUGCGAGCGUUGACAGGUUUCGGAGGCGGAGGCUUGAUGACAAUGGCUACGAUUGUUAAUUCCGAUAUGAUCCCUUUUCGCAAGCGCGGAAUGUAUCAGGCUCUUCAAAACGGAAUGUAUGGCUUUGGCGCAAUAUGCGGUGCCUCCUUUGGUGGCUCUAUUGCAGACUCGAUCGGAUGGCGAUGGUGCUUCUUGAUCCAGGUGCCGAUAUCAGCAAUCGCUCUGUUCCUCGGUUGGCUAGUCAUCAAAAGUCCAGUCGAGUUGCAUCCGACAUGGAAAGAGAUCAAGGCAAGGGUAGAUUUCUCUGGCUCGCUGCUCCUAGUGGUCGCCGUCUCCGUCCAGCUCGUUGGCUUGAGCUUGGGCGGGAAUGAACUUCCUUGGAGCAACCCAUGGGUGAUCGGGUCCCUCGUCGCGAGUGUCGUUCUUUUGGGAGCUUUCUUUCUGGUCGAAGCCAAAACCACUGCCAUCCCUGUUAUCCCACUGCGUCAGCUGCGCGGGAGGAAUCCCAUUGCAAUUCAGACAGCGAAUGUUUGUGCCGGAACAGCAGCCUACGCAUACCUCUUUAUGCUUCCCCUGUUCUUCCAGGUCGUCCUGCUCGAUUCUGCUACAAAGGCUGGUGCGCGUCUUGCGAUCCCUUCCCUUGCGACCCCAAUAGCUGGACUGGUUGCGGGCAUCGUCAUGUCGUGCUGGGGGAAACUAAUAACACUCGUCAGAAUCGGCGCGCUGUUCAUGACUCUAGGGAACGGGUUGGUGACUUCUCUAUCCUUCUACGAUAAAUCCUGGAAGUACCUGGUCUACAUCUUUCCCGCGAACUUUGGGCAAGGCAUCAUCUAUCCAGCCACUUUAUUCACGACACUUGCUUCGUUCGAUCACUCCGAUCACGCAGUCUCUGCCUCAACAGUUUACUUGAUCCGUUCUUUAGGGAGCGUGUGGGGAGUUGCCAUCACGGCCACCAUUGUCCAAAACACACUCAGUGCUGGACUGCCGGACGCCUUGGCCGGUAUCCCGAACAAAGAUAAGAUUAUCAACGAUAUCCGACAUUCCGUGACAGCACUCCGCACUCUCCCCCCCGAUAUCCAGCUGAAGGCUCGGCUGGUGUACUAUGACGGUAUCAGGUACUCUUUUGCAGCAUCCACCGGUAUCGCAGCGAUAGCGAUCGUGGCUAGCCUUUUUGCGUACAACGCCGGCUUGCGCAAUACACACUAAGGAUUUGUUUUCCAAGGUUGUUUUUGAAUCAUCCCGUGCAAUCGGGCAGAGUCACUCCUACAUAGCGUGUUGCAUUUUCGAGAAGGCAAAAGUUGACAUUAAAAUUAGCAUAUCAUAUAGAAGGGUCUGACGUCGAGAAAAGGAAUCUGCUUAUG